AUGAUACCCAUCCCGGUAGAACUUCUGGACCAUAUAGCGAGCUACUUGUGGUACGACUCAUCAUCGCUACUGGCGAUUUCACUUUGCUCUCAGUCUUGGCGUUCAGCGUGCCGGCCUUAUGUAUUCCGUAGAAUUACCAUCAACACGGAGUGCAGACACCAGGAGCUACUCGGGUUGAUAGAAGAUACUCCUGCAAUUGCGCAUUGGGUCCGGGAGUUGCGCAUCAGGGAGUCGUUGCCUGGGGAAGCAGAUUUAGCAUGGGUUCCCUCUAUUGCCAUCUCGAUGGCGAAGAACCUCAAGAAGGUCUACUCUCUGGAGUUCGUUGACUUGUAUGUCCCACUCGAAAAGAUGAAGAAAUAUGCCAGCACGGAGCUCUUCUUGAGCAUGCCGUCCUUCAAGGCCGUAACGCGUCUCAGCUUUGUUCGAUGUCAAUUCCAUAGGUCCUUCAUCUUCUCCCUCAUAGCUCUCCUUGUCUCUUCCCUUCCUAAUAUCCAUGAUCUACACUACCACGACAUCUCAUGUGUGACCGCUCACUAUCAUAUACCUAUGGAAACAGAUGCAAUCGACGCUGGCAUGCAUUCAUAUCUCGCCCAUAUACCUGCGGUUCACUUUCACACAUAUGACAGCGGCAUUCCGUUUCCGUGGCUUCCGAAUUGGUUCAUGAGCACGCAAGCACCAGGAUGUCGAAGCUACUCCUUUCACACCUCGCGGGUGUCCGAUUUGCCCAAGAUAGGUCGUGUCAUACAGGGACUCGGUGGGGCUCUACAUCAAGUCGAGUUGCGGUUUAUCAAUUCGAACAAAUGGAGACGGGAUCACGGGUCCAACAGUAUGUUCGGCUUCAUCGUUUCUGUUAAUGUGCUCCUCACUGUAUCUCCAGUUAUCCUUCACUCGAUCAGUUUUUCCAAAAACCCACAGUUGCACAGCAUUAACCUGCACGAUCCAAGUCAUCCUGUCGUUGUUCCGCUCCUCGCUAGCAUUGCAUCGCCGAGCGUGCUAGAGCUCAAGUUUUCGAUCGCAUUCGAGAAUACGUGUAAAUUUAGGAAGAAAAAAGUAUAUGACAACCUGGAGGCCAUCCUGCUCAGCCCUCGCUACGCCAACCUCCUCAACGUUUAUUUUGUCUACACAGGCUCGCUGAGACUCGCUGUAGUCUCCGGGAAAGUGCAUCACAUCUUCAAUUCCUUGUCACGUCGAGUACAUUUGCAUGUCUUGGCAGCGGAGCCAUCACAGGACCCUUGUACUUGA